AUGCCAAACGAUGCAGUGGUUGCACACGAUGAGAACCGGGGGACUCCAGGGACAGCUGUCGAGGUAGCCAGCGAGGGGUCCUGGCUGGCAGAUCUUGGUGGCGAUACGUGGGCAACGGAGGGAAUUGAUCCGCAAUUGCUCACCGCCGCCGCAGGUGUUUUUGCCCAAUGCGUUGCACCAAAGGACAAUGUGAAUGGUGUCGGAGUGGAUAAUUGCAGUUUAAUCAUUGUUGAGCGACGAGCAUAA